CUGACAAAAAAAGGAACAAGCCUUUCUUGACAGAACUGACACAAGCAGCACAGACACAGCUACACAGACCACAACCUGCCCAGCCCAAGAGAGGUACGUUCUCACAGAAAGCCUGUGAAACUUCUUCAGAGAUCUGACGGAGGCUCAGGAGUGCCCCAAUUUCCAUUUCUCAAAACCUCGGACGGAGGAAACUAACGACCUGUCUCCUGCAUUUCUCUCUCUCUUUCUCCCAGUAUGGCGGCGUGGGACCUGUCAGUCACAGUGGAGGACCUGGGUCCUGAUGCGCCACCUGUCACCCUCAGCGUGGCAUCUGACCUACACGUCGGAGGGGUCAUCCUAAAGCUGGUGGAGAAGACACAGAUCAAGCGUGAUUGGUCGGACCAUGCGCUGUGGUGGGAGCAGAAGCAGCGGUGGCUGCUGCGGACAGCCUGGACUCUGGAGAAAUAUGGCAUCCACGCGGACGCCCGGCUGUUCUUCAUGCCCCAACACAAGCCCCUGAAGCUGGGUCUGCCCAGCGGCAUUACCCUGAGGCUCCGGGCCUGCUUCUCCAACCCCGUCUUCCAGACCGUGAUGGGCAUCUGCAGAAUGCUCAAUAUCCGUCACCCCGAGGAGCUGUCGCUCCUUCGGCCCGUAGAGGAGAAAAAGAAGAAGAAAGAUAAAGACUCGGCUCAGGAGAUCUACGACCUGACUGAGGUGCCCCUCUCCUCGGCAUCCCAGCCCUCUUUGUAUAACGGCAUGCCGGCUCACUUUGCUGACUCACCUCAGAUGGAGGCCAUCUACAAGAUGCUGUCAGUCACCCAGCCUCCCCCCGCCCCCGAGGUCAUAUCCAAGCAGUACCGUCCAGCCAGCGUGGUGGACAAGGCCCACAUCCAUGGCAGGUGGUUGGACUCAUCCCGUUGUCUUAUGCAGCAGGGGAUCCAAGAAAAUGACAGAGUCUGGCUUCGCUUCAAAUACUUUGCCUUCUAUGACAUAGAACCCAAGUACGAUGCUGUGCGUCUGAGCCAGCUGUAUGAGCAGGCGCGCUGGGCCAUCCUGCUGGAGGACAUCGACUGCACCGAGGAGGAGAUGAUGCUGUUUGGAGCGCUACAGUACCACAUCAGUAAGGUGUCUCAAUCGGAGCCCCAGAUGUUGAGCUCCAAUGCAGCCAUGGACGACCUGGACUCCGCCCUGCAGUCCCUGGAGGUCAAGAUGGAGGGAGAGAGCAGCUCCGCAUCUGAAAUGCUGGAAAACAUGACUGCACCAGAACUCAACGACUAUCUGAAGAUAUUCAGGCCAAAGAGGCUGACUCUGAAGGGAUAUAAGCAGUAUUGGUUCAAGUUCCAGGAUACCUCCAUCUCUUAUUUCAAGAGCAAAGAGGAGAGCAUUGGCGAGCCCAUUCAACAGAUUAACCUCAAAGGAUGUGAGGUGGCUCCGGACGUUAACGUGGCAGCACAGAAGUUCCUUAUCAGACUGCUGAUACCAGCGCCUGAAGGCAUGAAUGAGGUCUAUCUGCGCUGUGAAAACGAGCAGCAGUACGCUCAGUGGAUGGCUGCAUGUCGACUAGGCUCUAAAGGCAAGAGUCUGGCCGACAGCAGUUUCCAGAGCGAGAUCCAGAGCAUCCGCUCCUUCCUGGCUAUGCAAAAGACCGGCUCCGGUUCCCAUGGCAACGCACCUGCCAGUGAUGAAAGCAUCAAUACUCACAGUCUGGUAUCGCCACGCUACCAUAAGAAGUACAAAGCCAAACAGCUGACCCCUCGUAUCCUGGAUGCAUACCAGAACGUGGCUCAGCUCUCACUGAUGGACGCAGUGAUGCGCUUCCUGCAGAUCUGGCAAGCCCUGCCUGACUUUGGGCUCUCAUAUGUCGUUGUCAGGUUUAAGGGCAGUCGGAAAGAUGAGGUACUGGGCAUUGCUCCCAACCGUCUGAUCCGCAUUGACCUGGGUGUGGGUGAUGUGGUGAAAACGUGGCGCUACAACAACAUGAAGCAGUGGAAUGUCAACUGGGACAUACGACAGGUGGCCAUAGAAUUUGAAGGCAACGUCAACAUUGCUUUUAGCUGCAUAACCGCCGACUGCAAAAUCGUUCACGAGUUUAUUGGAGGUUACAUUUUCAUGUCGACACGCAGUCGCGAGAAGAGCGACACGCUCAAUGAGGAGCUUUUCCACAAGCUGACUGGUGGCCAUGAAGCUCUCUAAGACUAAAACAUAUAACCCUUCACCACCUACAUCAGAUCUCCUGUGUGUCUCAACAGUGGAAAACCAUGUGGAAUAGGAUUUCACGCUCCAUUCAGGCAACCACAAAAACAUCAGAACAGUACAACAAAUGGUCAAAAUAAGAUAUUCUGCGUUACAACCCACCAAGUCAGUCCAUCCAAGUGUUUAUAUAACCACACACACACACACACACACACACACACACACUGUGCUGGAUCAGUGGAUGGACGACUUAACGUGUUCAGACAGUUCAAGACUCCAGCGGUCCUCAUGCUGACUUCUCCUUUACUUCAGGAUGGACUGCUGCUGGGCCAAACUGCUGGACAUCUGGUCCAGGAUCAGCAAAGUUGACAGUCAAACUCAUGAAAAUGUAAAAUCAACAGUUGGAUCAGCUGGCAGCAACUUUUCUUUUUUUGCCCCGCAGUAUCCAGACUUCCUGUCGCUCAGGAUAGAAAGCCUUGCUUUGUCCAGAGCUGCAGUUUUAUUGUCACUUAGACUUUAGUUAAAAAUUGAUGGCGCAUUACAGCAGCCACAUUAUUACAGCUAAGAAUCAACAAUCAUGAGUAGGAAAAUACAAGCUAAUGAAUGUUUUCCAUAAUAAACUUAUGAAUAAACAAACAUUUAUUAAAAUAAAUACAGCAAUUCACUUUUCA